AUGGGCCCUCUGCCGCUGAACUCCCCGGUGAUUCGGGUGAUCUAUACUGGCGGUCAGACCAAGGUUCUUGAUAUCCGCCACUGCAAGACACCGGACGAGGUCAUCAUUAACGUCCUUAAGAAAUUGCAGCUGCCUGAGCACCAGUAUCGAAACUAUUGCUUCUAUGUACUGGAUGGCUUAGAUGCAGAUCUCUCGAACUGCAGGCGGUUGACGGAGGCGGAACUCAUGGAAAUCUGCGAAGGCGUCAACAAGUCCGAGCGUGGUCGGUUGAUCUUGCGCAAAAUUCACGCCGGGGAACCUGACAUCGAUGAGGUCCGCCGGGCGUCUCAGCUGGCGGUGGAUGAAAGCCAGGUGACGCAUCGGAUGGCCUUGGACAAAUCCACCUCUCGCCAAAAGUCCAAGAUUCAACAGCUUACUGGAGAAUCAUGGCAUACUCUCAACACUAAGCAACCCCUCUCUCCCGUGGGUGCUCGGCAUCGUACAUCUUCUACGAAUACUACGAAUGAGCCAGACUUAUCACCUAAUAGCGAGCGCAACAAUCCCGUGGCCAAUAAACUGCGGUCGUUCUUUGGACAGAGACCGCCAAUCAUGACAAAGAAGACAUUGCGAAAACGAUGCGGAGAUCUCAACGUCUCAGUCGAGCAGCAAGUCGUCUCAGUGUUGUCAGCAAUUACAGUGUGGCAUCGAGUCUUAAAGAUGCACCUCCUCUUCCCCCCCCUACCUCCGAUUCCGCCCAUGCCCAAUAUUGCCGACACUUGGUUCCAGCCGGGUGGAGCACAGGCCGCCCGUGCAUCUCGGCCCAUCUCUACCAGGUUCAACCUACCACAGGCUUCCUAUCGCGAUUCGAUUGCAUCAAGCUCCCUACAGCCCCUUCAGGAGGAGUCUCCUAUUGAGCCGAACCGCAAAUCCUAUGUCUCGUUCGAUAGCGGCUCGGACGAAGCCAACCCAUCGCGCCAGAGUAUUCUGGAUGAGACUGCCAGUGUCAUUGCUACCGACGGACAUUCCUCUAAUGACCGUUCUAGUAUGAUUGUGCCCGACGAUGGGGAUGAUGAGGAGGUAGAGGAAGAUGACGAUGAGAAUCUGAUGAACGACUUCCUGGCUGGUAACAAUUUUGCGCCUAAGAACUGGAUGAAGGGAUCUCUUAUUGGUGAGGGUUCCUUUGGCAGCGUCUACCUGGCUCUUCAUGCCAUUACUGGAGAGCUUUUGGCUGUUAAGCAGGUCGAAAUACCUUCAGCUACCAAGGGCACUGAAUUUGACAAACGCAAGAACGGCAUGGUCACUGCAUUGAAGCACGAAAUCGAACUUCUGCAAGGAAUGCACCAUCCCAACAUCGUGCAGUACCUCGGCACCCAGGCUGACGACCAAUACCUGAACAUUUUCCUGGAGUAUGUGCCGGGUGGCUCUAUCGCUACUAUGUUGAAGCAGUACAACACCUUCCAGGAGCCAUUGGUCAAGAACUUCGUCCGACAGAUCCUGGCCGGUCUUUCCUACCUGCACAGCCAGGGCAUCAUCCACCGAGACAUCAAAGGAGCCAACAUCCUCGUCGACAACAAGGGCGGAGUCAAAAUCUCCGAUUUUGGUAUCUCAAAGCGCGUCGAAGCAUCCACCCUCCUUGGCGCUCGCGCCAGCGGCGGCGGCGGCGGCCAUAUUCACCGGCCAUCCAUGCAAGGCAGUGUCUACUGGAUGGCGCCCGAAGUGGUGCGCCAAACCGCACACACCAAGAAAGCCGACAUCUGGAGUUUAGGCUGUCUGGUCGUGGAAAUGUUGAGUGGAGCCCAUCCCUUCCCUGACUGCAGCCAGCUGCAGGCUAUCUUUGCAAUUGGAAGUAACCAGGCUCGCCCACCUGCCCCAGAACAUGUCAGCGAUGAGGCUAAGGAGUUCCUCGAUAUGACUUUCCAGGUUGACUUUGAGAAGAGGCCUAGUGCUGAUGAGCUGCUCAAGUGUCAGUUCUUGGCUAUGCCUAUGACGUGA